ACAAUUAGAAACCACACAGGCAUUUUAGCUGCUGCAUCCAGCGUGCAAAACUCUGAAACUCUAGCUCAUUCACUCGAUCAAGCAAGGCUACUUCCCGGCAAUGGAGAGAGUGACGAGGCUAUCGACCGAAAAGGCGGUGGUGAUCUUCACACCAAGCAAUGAUUGCCCGAUGAGCCACACGGUGACGACUCUCUUCUCCGGCCUGGGAGUGGGAGCAGCGGUGCACGAGCUGAACAAGGACCCCCGUGGCCGCGACAUGGAGCGCGAUCUUGCCCGCCGCCUCGGCCGCAAUCCGCCAGUCCCUGCCGUCUUCAUCGGGGGCAAGCUCGUCGGCUCCACCGACAGGGUCAUGUCGUUGCAUCUCGGUGGCAAGCUCGUGCCCAUGCUGAAAGCCGCCGGAGCCAUGUGGCUCUGAACCUCUGGCCCUCCAAGCAACAUCUGCAUCCACACAUAUGGAUCAAUGCAUCGAUGUGCGUAAAACAGAAGCACUCAAGUAGACGGAGAGAAGUAAUUAAGCCAAGUCUUCAUGUGAGAGCAUAGUUUUCCUGAGGAGGACGAGUACGGGAAGUUUUGUCUUCAGACCCGGCAGAAAGUUUUGUCUUUAAUCAGAUUGCAACUUGUAAGGAAUUACUAAAUAUUGACGCAUCAAUGUGUCUUCAUAUGAGAGUAUAUAUGUACACAUGUCUCCCAAUUUUCAACUACUGAUUUUUAGUA